AUGUCGACCUCUGCGGACCAGCCUAUUAUCCUAUACCAUUACCCUGGCUCUCCCAACUCGAGAAGGGUCGUCUGGUACCUCGCUCUCAGGGGCAUUCCAUACAUUCAAUGUAUCCAACCGCGGGUCCUGCCGCGUCCGGACCUUGCGCGCCUAGGCAUCAACUACAGACGGAUCCCCAUCCUCUCCAUCGGCCGCGACGUCUACCUUGACUCGCGUCUCAUCCUGCAGAAGCUGGAGCAGUUGGCGCCCGAGCGGCCCCGCCUCGCAGCCGACGGAACCCCAGAGCACCGCGUCAUCGAGAGGCUGUUCGAGGCCUUUACCAUGGACGCCGGGUUUUCCAGGCGCAUCGUCCAGUUGAUGCCGUCGGACUUGCCCAUGUGGAGCGACCCGGCAUUUAUUGAGGAUCGCGCCGACUUGGUUGGAGGCAGGGGGCUUCUUACCGCGGAGGCGUUGGCAGCUGCACGGCCGGAGGCUAUCAACGAAGUCAAGAACGUCUUUGAGCUCUUGGAGACUACACUGUUGGCGGAUGGCAGGGAAUGGAUCCUCGGGACGGAGGGGCCGAGCCUGGCGGAUAUCGAGGCCGUCUGGCCGCUUCACUGGUCGACUUUGAUCCCGCGGGCACUUCCUGCGGACCACAUCUCGGCGAUACUGUUCCCCAGGGUUUUUGCAUGGAUUGAGAGAUUCCAGAGAGCCGUGUCUGCCGCCGAGAAGUCUUUCUCCGAACCUCAGACUGUGUCCGGAGAGCAAGCCGCAGCUUUGAUGGUGACCUCGGCAUACAACGAAACGGAAGGCCAAGUCGAUGAGAACGAUCCCGUCGUCCAGAAGCAGGGGCUCCAAAAGGGCCAGCUCGUACAGUUUUGGCCGACCGAUACUGGCUCUGGGCACAAGGACUCGGGCAGACUCGUGAGAAUAAACAGCAAACAGGUUACCAUAGAGACGGUAGCUGGAGAUACGACGGUGCGAGUCCACGCACCGAGACAUGGGUUCCGGGUAGUUGCCCAUUCUCAAGGUGGCUCGGAUCUUUGA